UAGUACAGGCCUUGAAAUUUCCACUUGCCUGCACGCCAAUGGCGAGUGGAAAUUAUGGUGGGGGCGAGUGUGUCCCCCAGGGCAGUCUUGCUGAGCAGGCUCGGCGCUCAGGCCGGAUCUGUCAUUGGCACUGGGAGUCGUCCGACUGCUCAAUAGCUGAGCGCAGUGAAAGCAAAGCAAGGAGUGUGUGCUGUGCUCUCUGCCUCCCCCUAGAGUGCAGUACCCGGCUCUGUGAGUGAACAACGAAGUACUGCAACUUUUUAUAGCGUGUGUGUGUGUAUGCAUGUCUGUGUAUGUACAUGUGUGUAUCUGUACAUGUAUCUGCGUGUAUGUACAUGUAUGUGUGUGUGUGUGUGUGCGCAUGUACAUGUUUAUGUAUGUACAUAUGUCUGUGUGUAUGUACAU